AUGUCCUCGCCUCAUCAGCGCACAUGGAAUCACACUUUCUCGAAUCCUCUUUUCACUCUCCUUCUUGCAGUGUUUGUGGUGUCACUUGCCUAUGUGUAUCAAGGUCUUCUUCCAAGAGCCAAUGAUUCGACCACUCAGUAUUAUGCCUUUCGUGAAGAUCGUGCUCUCAAAUUCUUACAACAAUUUUCCACUCAACUCGGACCACGUGUCGUUGGAACCAUUCAAGAACAGAUCAGUUUCAAUUUUUUGAAAACAGAAUUAUUGAACUUGAUGAUGAAACAAGGUUCUUUUGACAAUAAUCUUACCAUUACUGACACGAGCCAUCUAUCAAGAAAUGGGAUGAUUGAAGUGAAUGGACAUGUUGUACGAUUGGAAGAACAGUUCGGAUCUGGUGAUUGUUAUAUUGAAAUCAUUGGACGUAAAUUAUUUACACAUUAUUCGAAUUUGUCAAAUAUUUUAGUGAGAAUUGAUCCUCCACAUCAAGCAGCAAAAGAUGGUUUAUUAAUUUCGAGUCAUUUUGAUUCUGGAUCGACUUCUCCAGGUUUUUAUGAUGAUGGAAUUCCUGUCACUUGUAUGGUUGAAACAUUUCACAAUUUAUUGAGUUUAAUACGAGAUGGCAAGUUGAAACUUGAACGAAGUGUCAUAUUUUUGUUUAACGGAGCUGAGGAAGUUGGAUUGUUGGGAGCUGAAUUAUUCUUUCAACAUGCAUGGUCACAAGAUGUGAAAUACUUUUUGAAUUUAGAAGCUGCUGGAUCUGCCUCGAAAGAAGUUGCAUUUCAAAUUAAGAAUUUGUUUUUGGCAAAACAAUUUGCCAAGUCUGUGAAACGAGCAAGUGGAAACGUUGUUGGUCAAGAUGUCUUUCAAGCAAAUAUCAUUCCAUCAGCUACUGAUUAUUACAUUUAUAAUAAUCACAAUUUAACUGGAAUUGAUAUUUCGUUUUACAAAAAUGGAUAUGUGUAUCACACUUCUUUGGAUGCAGAGAGUGCUUAUGAGUCAGGUGGAAUUCAACACAUGGGAGACAAUGUUCAGAGUUUUGUUUCUCAUUUUGCAAGCGCUCAUUUUGACGAGAAAGAAAUGACCAAAGAGGCCAACAUUCAAAGAUUUGUCUAUUUUGAUGUCUUUGGAUUGUUCUUUGCAACCUAUGGUAUGGAAACAGCCAAGGUCAUGAACAUUUCCAUUCUUGUUUUGGCUGCUACUGUAUUGGCGUUUUCCAUGUUUUCUAGGGGUGUAUAUUCUCUGUUUGAUCGACUAGUCUCACUCCUUUUCCUAUUCUUGGUAUUACUCAUUGGACUAGCAGCCAAUAUGGGUCUCUCAAUUUUGUUAGUGUUGAACCAGAAGAGAAUGUUGUUCUUUGCCUUCCACCCCAUGUUUAGCGUUGCAUUGUUUGGAUGUAUUUUACUUUUCAUUUACACCACUUCCAUCGAAAUUACAAGAAAAUUCAUUUAUGAACUCAGCUCGCAAGGAAUGAGAGAUGCAGUGACAUGUGUAUUCGUUGCGUUUCUGGCACUUCUCACCUAUUUCAAUAUUCCAUCAGGAUAUAUUUUCACAGUGACCACUACAUGCCUACUUUUGGCUUACUAUGUCAUUCCACGACUCUCCAUCGUCUUCUCUUUGGGCGGGUUAGCGUUUUUAUGUGGUAUUCUCAAUCAAAUGUAUGACAUGUUCAUACCAAUGAGCGGUAGAAUGGGAAAAGCACUCGAAGCAGACUAUGGUGUGGCAGUUUUGGUAACAGUGACCGUGUUCUUAAUGUUGUGUCUGGUGUUACCCUUAUUAUUUUUGGAUGAGAAGAGAGACAUGUCUCAAACUUCUGUUGUACUCUUUGUUGUGUGUUUGUCCCUCAUUACAGUGUUAUUGUAUGGUAAUGGAGGAGAGGCUUUCACAAAAUUGCAUCCAAAGCGUGCCUCACUUCAACACAUUUUCCAUUUUAAUACCAAUGGUGUGAAUUCUCCGUUGAAAAGUACUCACUCCUAUCAGCUUAUUAUCAGCCCUUCCACAAGUAAGGAAGAAGUAUUGUUGAAAGGCUUGAAUAUUUCUCCUCCUUUUUCGAGAGCGAAUGAAGAGUCGAAUCAUCCAAUUUUACCGCAUGCUGUGAAGGGUGUCAUUACACCAACCAAAUAUCCAGGUCCAUUUCUCACACGAAUGACCUCUCAUGAAAGCUAUCCAGCCAAUGUUCUUCCAAAAAUUGGCAUUGAAAAUUACUUCAAGAUCAAUGGCAGCGUGCAUGUGAAUAUAGUUUUGGACGAGCAGGUUUUUCAUUCGAGCGUUCAUAUUUUCACAAAUGUUACCAUUGUUGGCUCGUCAUUCCAAACUCCAAUCAAUCAUUCCAUAGUGCCCUCUUCAAGAAGUGAAUUUAAGAAUGAAUAUAUCGUAACAGGUGUGUUUGGUUAUAACAGAGAUGAACAGUUGAUGAAAGAAAAAUCCAAAAUCUUUUCAUUUUGGUUAAAAUUUGAUACCCAGCAACAGGAAAAUGCAGAAAGUCUUCGAAUUAAGUUAGACAUACGUAGUACCUUCUUUUCAUCAACUUCUUCUCUUACUGAGCUGGCCAGGUUACUCCCAGAGUGGUCUCAACCAAUUACUUCCACCCACUCCACAAUUGACAUUACCCCAUUCAUGUUAAACGACAAUAAUGCUGUCCGCCUAAAUUAUUAA